AUGAUUGUAUUGACAGAUUUAAAUGGAAUUUCAAUUGGAAAAAAUCAAUAAGAAAUUGCUUAAUUCAAUUUCACCAGAAUUCUGACCAAUCCAACUUCAGGAUUUACAUUCUUACUUCCAAAAAAUUUAAGUGAUGGUUAAUAUCUGAUAAGUGUAGUGAGUCAUGAUUUCCCUCCUGAUGACCCUGUUUUAAAUGACUACCAAACAAUUUAUUACUAUGUCUAUGUGGACUAGAAUUAAACAGGAAAAGUUACAGAUGUACCAUUAAACUUUAAACAGGCAAAGUUUGGAGCUUAUGUCAAUGAUGGUAAAAAACCUGAUGCUUCUGUUAGAUAUAUCCCUACAAGGUUUAAUAUUUUCCCAGACAAUGCAUUUCGGAGUUAUUCAUUGAUAUCUCUUGAUAAAGAAAUUUACUUCUUAGAGAUACCAAUAAAUGUAUAAAUGCCUGUCUAAAUACCAUUCAGUGAAGAUGGAACAGCAAUGAUUGGGAAUCAUUAUACUACAUCAACUGAAUAUUAUGGAUGGGAUAUUUAUACAACAUCUCCAUUAAAUGUUAUCAGGAUACCAGUUAUUCUAGAUGGGAUCUAAACGAUUAGGAAAUAAUACUAGAAUAACAUGGAUUUGCAGCAAGCUAAUUACUUUACCAUUGAUACUUUAAAACUUAAGACAUUCAAUUAUUCUAGAUAUGACUCUGAAUUCGGAUUGUUUUUCAAUUGCUCUGACGGAAUCUUUAGUUUGAGUUUUCGUGGCAUUGCUCCACCUCUAUUAGUUUUAGGGUCAUUCCCUACAUUGGAUAAAUUAAAUUCAUACUUUAACUCCUAAUACUAGUUUUUCUCAGUUAUGACCUCUAAGACAAAUGAAAAUAAUGUUAAUUCUUAAGGUCUCAAUAGUAUAUAGCAAAGUAAUUUAACUUAAAAUAACCAAAAAAUCGUCAAAAAAUUUGUAACCUACACAAUAGAAUUCUUAGGAUAUUUAUAUGGUUAAAACGUAACUGCUCUCAGAUUUACUAAUAAUAGUACUAAUAACUUAAAUAUUCUGGUAGGCUUAUUUCCACUUGAUUCUACUGUAAAUCUUAUAAAUGCUUAUGGGCUAUAAAAUGCAGUUCAAUCUGCUUGUAAAUUAGAUUAUUUUUAUGGUGAAAUACCUAGCAAAUCUCUAAAAAUUGGAGUUACUUUUACCAUGUUUUAGCGUAUAUUUGGUGCCAAUGAAUCCCUAAGAAUAUAUUUCAAUACUUCAUCAGUGGCGAAAAACAGCAAAAUUUACUUGCUUUCCAUUAAAAAUAAAGAAAAAGUUAUUUUCUCUGAGAUGAUCUAACUUAAUGAUAAUUUAUGGGGCUACAAAAAAGAAAUAUUGGCCUCUAAGUUUCAAAUUCCAAAUGGAGGUAUCCUGACAUUAAAUCUGCAUAGAAUAAAAUAAGAAUACUUUAACUUCGAUACCGCCAUUGGGUAAAAAAAAUAACCCAUUUGUGACUACAAUAUCAUUUAGACUAUGAUUAAUAAUGGUUCAUUACCAAGAAGUAUUUUAGACAAUAGUAACUUCUCAGUAUUCCACUAGUAUUUCAAUCAUGAUACUUAGACUCCUAGCUCUUAAUCCUAAGCAAAUUAUGAGCCAUUUUAAUAUUCAUAGUCAGAUAUAUACCAGACUUACCUAAUUAAACUAGGAAACAAUAGUCAAUGCAUUCAUAUCACUCUAAAUAGUCUGGUCUAAUUUACUGAAUUUAUCGGAGCUAUCUCUUUCUUUAAAAAGGCAUAGACUAAUACUACUAGAGCAGAGAUAAAGUAAAUGAGAGAUAACUAUGUUCCAGGUGAUUUGUUCAAUACUACUAUCAAAUCUAAUAUAAAUGGUAGCUAUUCAAUUAUAGUUACAGAGGACAAGCCUAACGAUAGCUUACUUAUACCUAACCUUACUUAUUAAGCUUAUUUUAAGAAUGAAAUCGAUGAAAAUACUCUUGGAUUUUUGAAUCCUUAAAAUAUUACCCUUUAAUACUUUGGAGAGAAAGUUCCAGCUGAUAAUACCACUUAUAUAGAAGAAAUGAUUGCAUUAUAAGCCUGGAGAUAACUAGUAUUUGAGCCUUCAAUGAUAUAGGCUAUGCAACUUGGAAUCAUGAACAUGCAGCAAAAUUAAUAAUUCUUUCAACUUAACAUGCUGAGUGUUAGCAAAAUUUAUGGAUUUAACUUUUUCAAAGAUUUAUCAAUGAAUGAUCAGCUAUAAAUUCAAAGGUAAUUUGAAACAGUUCCAAAGAUCAGGAAUGUUCCACCAAGUUUCUACAAUAAGAGAAAUAACAACACUCUUAAAUACUAUGGAAGCAAUACUUUUUCUUAGCAGGCAUAUUCUCAUAAUACUUUGGCACUAUUAAACUAGAAUGUCUCAAGUGAUAGAACUGAUAUUCUUUACUAUGGAUAUAAUAUGGCCUUUAAUACAACAAAUUCUUCAAACUUCAAAUUCUAUCUUAAUAAUUAUCAGUCUGUUUUGAGAAUGACUAUAAAUUACUAUGGCCCAAAUGGAUUUUCUACAUCGAUUAGAAAAAUAAAAAUAAGAAGUCCUUUGUUUAUUUAAAAUCCUCUUCCAAAAGUAAUGGUUAUGGGAGAUACCUUUAAUGUUACUGUAAACUUUGCAAAUUAUUAGACAUAAGAUUAAAUGGCUUUCCCAUAUGUAGCUUAUUAAGAUGAUUCCUUAAAUUGCACUCUACCUAACAUUACUAAAACUAUAAAUAAUAUUAAGACAAAUUCAACUUCAUUUAUAGCAUUAGCGAACAAAAACUCAUCCUAUUAGUAUAGUGUUAAGACCAGUAAAAUUUCAAAGUAAUCUAAACAUAUCAUAUCAUUUGUGGUAACUAGAAAUCAAUCUUUCGAAUAAUAUGAAGCUUCUAUAGAGCAAUCGACUAAAAUACUUCCAAUUGGCACAAGAAAAUUCGUGAAUUCUGCUGGAAUCAUUUAACUUAACUAAAGUUCUUAUAUUUAAGAUGCAAUUCAGUUUACUGUUUUAAUGGCUGAUGUUUUCCAGUACAAUACUACCUUUGUUGAGGUAGUCAUUCUUCCUUCUUUUGAGGCUUAAUUAAAAUAGACAUUAUCUAACCUUGCCAAGAAAAAAAUUGAAACAGCUGAUGACAUAGUUGUUUAACUUGAACUAUUAAAUCAUUUGAUUGAUAUCCAGAACUAAAGCGCAUUAAGUUAAAAUAAUAUUGUUUAGAAUAUAGGAGUUAUUACAGAAUCAAUUACAAGGGCUAAAUAUCUUUACAAUCAGCUAAACUCAUUUACUCCUACCUCUACUCCUGAUGGACAUACCAUUGGUUACGAUUAUCUAGGAAACAAAACUGAAAUAAAUUUACCAUUAUCAGCAUUAACAAUAAAUGUUCUCAAAUAGCUUACCUUCCUGGGCAACUAUUAAAAUAUGAACAACAAAUAUUCUUCAGUUUUUGAGAUUAUCUAGAAAAAUAGAGAUAAAAAUGGGAACUAUAACUUAGGUUCUACAAAUAUAGCUAUUUCAGCACCUUAGAAUGUCUCUAACGCUUUUAUCUUAUACUCAAUUAAAGAAGUAGAAAAAGUUUAUUCGAACUAGUUGUUGAAUAUCUCUAAUGAACUCUAAAUCUUGAUAAAAACUGUUAAUAAAACUUGUAAUCUAAGUGCGAAAUUUGAUGACCUUAGAUCAGACCCUGUACAAUUAGCGCUAACUUAUCUUGCUGCUUUUAAUUAUUCUGACUCAAAAAUUGUUUAGCUUCAAAAUUUGACUGAUUUGAUAUUCAAGCAGUUAUUAAAACACUAAAAAAAUUCAGGAGAAUUUGAUUCACCUGUGAACUAGACUUAGUAUUAGUAUUCUAUUCUUAAUGGCUAAAAUAAUAGCAGAGUAAUAGAAGCUACAGCUUUGGGUGUUAUAGCGAUGAUUUCUACUAAUAAAUCCCUUUAUGAAUAGAACAUAACUUAAGCAAUCAAUUAUCUAUUAAAACAAAGCAAUCAAGGAAUGUUUGGAGGCAAUCUUGGAACUAUUUUAACUUUUAGAGCACUGAAAUUAUAUGCUUAUAAUCAUUCUACACUUGGAUCUGAUGUUUAAUUCAUUCUUCAGGGUCCAGGAAUUAAAAAUAAGAUAGCUAAAUUCAAAACAUAUUCAGAUCCAAUUAAGUUUACUCUUAACAGUUUCGAUUUUAACCCAGCAUUGAAAGUUGUGCCAAUAACAGUAUCUAUGGGAGGUUCUGGACUCUUAAAGAAGGAUUUGGGACUUGCUUACUACACUGUGUAUUCUAAUAUUGACAACAGAUAUGAGGGAUACAAUUAAACUAAUGCAUAACUCAAAUUUUCUGUAGCACCAUCAACCUCAAGCAAUUUAUCAACCAUUAAAGAAGGGUCCACUGUUACAUAUUAGGUAUAUUUGCAAAACCUUAACAAAAUCAAAAGUCAAAGCAUAAUUAAAGUAACAUUCCCUUAUCCUACUUGCUUGAAUUUAAAAAGCGAUUCUCUAAACUCAUUCAAGAUUUCUUAGGGAACUUACAAGAUAAAUAAUGAAGAAUCAGAAAUUAAUCUUUUCAUAAGAGGAUUAAAGCCUUAAGAAAUAUUCUAAUUAUCCAUCCCCUUUACAAUGAAAGGUGGAUAUGUUAACUGUUAGAAAAGAGUAUCUUACGCUCAGAUACUAAACAACGGAUAGAUUGUUUCUUCCAGAGACUUUAGCUUUUGA